AUGGCGUCAGAAACAACAUUCCUCUCCAACGCGGAGAACCUCAAGAAGUUCAUGCGUCUUCCCCAGAACGGCCAGCUUAUCGCCGAGUACAUCUGGAUCGACAGCGAGGGCGGUACCAGGUCAAAGUCGAGGACUCUUCCCGAGAAGGAGGAACAAUAUAAGCCUGAGGAGCUUCCCAUCUGGAACUUCGAUGGUUCGUCGACUGGCCAGGCCCCCGGCGCGGACUCCGAUGUCUACCUCAAGCCCGUAGCCGUCUUCCCUGACCCGUUCCGUGGUGCCCCCAACAUUCUCGUCCUCUCCGAGUGCUGGAACGCCGAUGGCACCCCCAACAAGUUCAACCACAGAUAUGAGGCCGCCAAGUUGAUGGAGGCCCAUGCCGACCAGAUCCCCUGGUUCGGUCUCGAGCAGGAGUACACUCUCCUCGACCUCAACGACAGGCCCUACGGCUGGCCCAAGAACGGUUUCCCCGCUCCCCAGGGUCCCUACUACUGCGGUGUCGGCGCUGGCAAGGUUGUCCAGCGUGAUAUCGUCGAGGCCCACUACAAGUGCUGCUUGUAUGCCGGCGUCAAGAUCUCCGGCACCAACGCCGAGGUCAUGCCUGCCCAGUGGGAGUUCCAGGUCGGCCCUUGCGACGGCAUUGAGAUGGGUGACCACCUCUGGCUCGCUCGCUUCCUCCUCCACCGCGUGUCUGAGGAGUUCGGCGCCAAGGUCUCCUUCGACCCCAAGCCCAUCCCUGGUGACUGGAACGGCGCUGGCCUCCACACCAACUUCUCUACCGAGAACAUGCGCAAUGAGGGUGGCAUGAAGUACAUCGAGGAUGCUAUCAAGAAGCUCGAGAGCCGCCACAAGGAGCACAUCGCCGUCUACGGCGAGGGCAACGACAAGCGUCUCACCGGCCGUCACGAGACUGGCUCUAUCGACUCUUUCACAUAUGGUGUCGCCAACCGUGGUGCCUCUAUCCGUAUUCCUAGGGAAUGCGGCGCCAAAGGCUACGGUUACUUCGAGGACCGUCGCCCCGCGUCCAACGCCGACCCUUACCAGAUUACUGGUAUCAUUAUGGAGACUUGCUUUGGCGCUGUUUCGGAGUAA